AUGCUUGGUUUGGCACGACCGCCUCCAAAGAAUGCAAGUGGCGAGACGGAACUCUCGGCAUUCGUGGAUCCACCCAACUGUUUCCCAGCUUUGGGGUUCAAGAUGCCUGCCAGCGUCCCGAGUAGCCUGACAAAUUGGUGGUGCAAUCCUGCCAAAGAGUACGCAUUCCUUGGCUUUAGCUACGAGGUCACUGCGUGCCAGAGCCCAGCCCAACUGAAGAAAGAGUUCCUUGACAUCAGAAAUAAAUUCAAGUCUCGUUACGUUCGCUUAUACGGGUUCUGUGACCGGAAAGGCUUUUACAACGACAUCGUUGACGCUGCUUGGGCGAGUGGUUUGGGUGUUCAUGCUCUGAUUUGGUUUGGCUUUGACGGGGACGAUCUCUGGAUAGGGCGUCGAGAUACCCUCCUCGCCGCUCUUCAUGCCAACCCCAAAGCAAAAUAUGUCACUCGAGUGCUGCAGUUUGGCUCUGAGCCUCUGUUUGACAACGUCCUACCUCACGCUGAACUUGCAGACCAAGUUCGGCUAGCAAAGGCAAACCUCUCGAGUCUUCAAAUACCUGUCACUGUUAGCGAGCUCGCCUUUGGAUAUCAAGAGAGAGGAGGGGCACAGGACGUCCUUGACGCAACUGACUCUAUCAAUAUACACAUGCUUCCUUUCUUCUCGCAAAAAGCGUCCACAGCUAAGAACGCCUGGCCCCUAGUGCAGACCGAUCUUCAGUGGUUCAUUGACCAUGGUAAGGGUAAGAAAAUGUAUUUCGAUGAGAACGGGUGGCCUUCCGUGACAUCUGAAGGUGUCCAGCCCAAUAGCCCUAACGCUGUAGCAAAUGUAGCAAACGAGCAAGAUUACUAUACACUACUCGAUCAGCAUUGCAAAGAUCUCAAAGCCGUAGUUGGCGGAGGUGUCGGAUGGUUCGCUCACAUCUACAGCGACAAUCAGGAACCCGGAUAUGGCAUAUAUAAUUCGGCGGGGAAACUCAAAUUUCCGUUCAGCCCCGUAACUUCGUGUUAG